AUGCUGUCGGAUGGCUCGGAGUGCCGUUCCUUGGAGACAAGAGUUCGAAUCAACAGGGCUGAGUCGCUGGAACGGCACAGCGAGAUGGAAAUCAUGCUGUCGGAGGUCACCACAGUUCAAAAAUCCAUGAAAACUGUGCUGCAUCACCUGGAAGACCGCUUGGAGAAGGUGCACUGCAUAGCGGCAAAAGCGCUGGAAUUGGCUCGUUUGGCAGUCAAUGAGUCAUCGGAAGAGCGGGGUCACAAUCAUAGCCUAGCCAUGUCAGAGGCUUUGAGGAUGUUCCAUCGCCAGACCGACGACCUAGCAAAGGCCCAGUCUGCAAUGGAGGGAGCGCGACUGGAAGCAGAGGAAGCGCUUCAGCUGAGAUGGAGUCGCGGUCCGGUAGACCGCUACAUUGGCCAAGAAGUGAUGGACAGACUGCAGGAGGUGCAGGCAGAUGCGCUGCGAUUGUCCUCUAGGGAGGCUUGCGCAGCUGCAGAGGAGAUGCAUGUUGAGCUGCAGCAAAUUGGAGAAGCUGUGCAGAGCAUCUCCUGCGAGCAUCGCGAAUUGAAAGAGGAGGCGGCCAUCCAGAUGCGGUGUCAGCACAGAGCAUUGUCGCGGGACAUUGCUGCUCUGGAGCGGCGCCUGUCUUCGCAGACAAGACUUGCCGAAGCUGCUGGGGCCCUGCUGGCAACUUACGAUUAG